AUGAAGGUCCUACUGCUGACUGUAGGGCUGGUUUUAGUCUGUGGGCUCCAGGCACUCAAUAACAACAUUGAAGACUCAUCAAAGGUUACUGGAAAUUGGUUCAUUGUCGAAUUGGCCUCAAAUGUGACAUCUAAAAUUGAGGAAGGAGGAGGCUUGAGGUUAUUUGUCAAAAACAUCAGUGAACAUGGUGGUAUUCUUAGGGGAGUCUUCUUCAAAAGGGAAAAUGGCAAGUGCAUUCAAUUUUCUUUGACAACUUUCAAAGGAGAUGAUGGUCAAAUGCAUUUUGAAUAUGAUGGAGAAAAUGAUUUCUCCCUUCAAAGUGUAGACCCUACAUAUUCCAUGUAUAUUUUGCAUAAUUUCAACAAUGGGAGGAUGAUCAUUUGGGCAGUACUCUUUGGUAGGACUCCAGACCUGCCAGAUGAAAUAAAGCAGAAAUUUGAGGAAAUGUGUGAAAGUUUUGGAAUUAGGAAGGAUCAAAUUAGGGACCUGUCCAAUGAUGAUCGAUGUGAGGAGCUUAGGUGA